CAGGCAAUUGUUGUGCCACAUUCCCACAAUGAUCCAGGAUGGUUGAGAACAAUUGAAGAAUAUUUUGCGGAAAACACAGAAUCAAUUCUGAAUAACAUGCUCGAGAAGUUAAUUGAGCAUCAAGAAAUGACCUUCGUUUGGGCAGAAACAGUAUUUCUUUCUAUGUGGUGGAAUAAUUUAACAGAUGAAAAAAGAAAAAUAUUCAACAUGCUUGUUGAAAGUGGACGAUUAGAGAUAGUUGGAGGAGGUUGGGUGGUGCCCGAUGAAGCUGUCACUCAUUACUCAUCAUUAAUUUUGAAUUUCCUUGAAGGACAUCGUUGGCUGAAAAAAAAAAUUUUAUUCAAACCAAAAAUCACAUGGUCUCUUGACCCCUUUGGAUAUUCAUCAUUUUUUCCAUAUCUCUACAAUAGAAUUGGUUAUAAAUCUUCUAUAAUUUUGAGGGUGAAUACAUACAUCAAAACUGAGAUGGCAAUGAAGAAGUUGUUGCAUUUUAAAUGGAGACAGAAUUGGGACAGGGAUGGUCUUUUUGAUUCAGAAACAUUUAUGCUACCUUUCAUGUUGUACAACAUUAAACACCAGUGUGGUCCUGACAAGUUAAUUUGUUUGCAGUUUGACUUCAGAAAUAUUCCAGGUGAGUCCUCUGAGUCGAGGGCAGAAGAGGUUAAUGCUUAUAACAUUGCCAGUUUAGCUCGGUUGCUGACUGAUCAAUUCAAGAAAAAAGCCUCAUUGCAAAUGAACAAGAAUGUGGUUUUGAUACCAAUUGGUGAUGACUUCCGGUUUGAUCAAAGUAUCGAGUGGGAUCAGCAGUACAAUAACUUCAUGAAGCUCUUUCGCUAUAUAAACAAAACUCCAGAGUUAGGAGUUAAAGUUAAAUUUGGCACUGUCAGUGAAUUCUUCAAUAGGAUGGCUAGACACAAUAAAAAGUUUGGAAUUCAUGAAAAAGAAAGAGAAUUGUUUACCUUAUCUGGUGAUUUUUUCCCUUACACUGAUCGAGAUAAUGAUUACUGGACCGGUUUCUACACAACAAGAAUGUGGCUGAAAAAACUUAUAAGAACUUUAGAG